AUGACAUUCGAAGGUACAACGACAGCGCCACAUCACAAACAUCCGCAGGAGCUUUCGAAUUUAAUACUCGAGAGUUACGAGAACAUAGAACCACAAUUUGAAAACACCACCGAACGUGACGUUAUUGGAGCGGUAGGCACAACGGCACGUCUGCACUGCCGUGUACGUAAUCUCGGAGAUCGUGCCGUUUCAUGGAUACGCAAACGCGAUUUACACAUACUGACCAUUGGCAUCAUGACGUACACAAAUGACCAGCGCUUUUUAGCGCGACAUUUAGAUAACUCAGACGAAUGGGUACUGAAAAUAGUGUCUGUGCAGCCUAGAGACGCAGGCAUAUACGAGUGUCAAGUGUCGACUGAGCCAAAAAUUAGUCAGGCUUACAAACUGAUGGUUGUGACCUCAAAAGCACAAAUACUUUCGAAUCGCGAACUUUUCAUUCAGAGUGGCAGUGACAUUAAUUUGACAUGUAUUGCACCGCAAGCACCGGGUCCCUAUACGCACAUGACGUGGUUUAAGGGUGGCGAAUUAAUCAACGAUUCCACACGCGGUGGUAUUAGGGUCGUAUCGGAGCAACAAAUGAAGACAAGCAAUUUGGUGAUAUCACGUGUACUGCAUACGGAUUCUGGAAAUUAUACAUGUGCGGCGGAUAAUUCAAAUUCCGAUAGCGUUUUUGUGCAUAUCAUCAAAAGUGAACAACAUGCUGCCAUGCAACACGAACUGGCAACACGAAUGCAAAUCCCCAAAAUGCUGCUUGUGUUAUUGACGUUUUUCUAUCUUUUAGAACGCGUGAUUAAAUGAAAUUUGCUUCUAACCUGUUAUAUUAAGCAACGUAAAUUAAGUAGUUCAUCUAUACAGCGUAGCUGUUAAUUGAGCCCCAGCAGAGCCUUGAGGGCUGCUUGCAGAUAAAGUCAUGCGUUUCCUGCUUGUUGCACUGUUGCACUAUUGCAGUACGAAGUUGGUAUGUUGCGGCUGCAGCGCAUGCACUACACACACACCAAUCAACACUUGAGUUGCUGCAUGGCUAUUAACACCUCAGAAAAUUAAGCGACGGCAAUCGACAUGAAGAGCACCAGCGGCAGUGGAGGGAAGAGGAAAUACGAACAGGAAAUGUAUACUUUUGUCUGCUGCUCAAUUUUGUAAAUUUGCAUGCACAAGAGACUUGACGAUAAUUUAAUUUUGAUUUAAUUUAUG